GUGAUAUUUGCAUUAAGAAAACAUCAUCAUCCAGAAAGCAAUGCAGAUCCUAAUAAUAAUGAUCCUGUUAUUACGAACUUUAAGGCCAUUGAUGUGAUUCAGUAUGGGGCAGCUGGAGAUGGAAAGACAGAUGACUCACGAGUAAAUAUUCACACCUUCAGACUUUUGAGUUAUGUAUUUAAUGCUCUAUUGUUUCUGAUAGUUUUCAUCAUUCAAAGGCAUUUCUAAAGGCUUGGAAAGCUGUUUGUGAGGCUAAUACUCCCUCAGCUAUGCUAGUACCAUCUACCAAGACAUUUUUGCUGAACCCAGUGCAGUUUCAAGGCCCAUGCAUGUCCUCCAGCGUCGGUGUUCAAAUCCUUGGGAAAAUAGUGGCUCCAAGUGACCUUGAUGCUUGGAAAGUCUUUGAUGCGAAAAAUUGGUUGCUGUUCUCUAAUGUGAGCAGACUUGUCAUACAAGGGAAUGGUGAAAUUGAUGGGCAAGGAGCUGCUUGGUGGGACCGGGAUUCAGAUGGAAAACCCACGGCAUUGGCAAUUUAUGACUGUGACGGCCUUCACCUUUCUGGAUUAACACACAGUAACAGUCCACAGAGCCACAUGCACAUAGUUCGCUGCAAUCAUGCUUCUAUUUCUAAACUGAACAUAGUGGCACCUGAGAAUAGUCCCAACACUGAUGGUAUUGAUGUGGCCCAUUCGUCUCAUGUUAAGAUUCACAAUUGCAAUAUUGGAACAGGUGAUGAUUGCAUCGCUAUUAGUGAAGGCACUUCCAAUAUUCACAUAGCAAACAUCCAGUGUGGACCUGGUCAUGGAAUAAGUAUUGGUAGCUUGGGAAAAGAUGGGACGUCAUCCUCUGUAGAAGAUGUGAGAGUUCAAAAUUGUCACCUGAAAGGGACCAUGUACGGAGCAAGGAUCAAAACUUGGCAGGGAGGAGCUGGAUAUGCAAGGAAGAUAUCAUUUCAAGGAAUUACACUGGAUCAAGUUCACAAACCAAUCCUGAUCGACCAGUAUUACUGUAAUGGAAAAACAGACUGCAAAAACCAGGUAAAAACAGGAAAAUUUAACUUGUACAAGACAUCAGCUGUAGAAGUGAGUGAUGUUUUGUACCAAGGAUUGCACGGAACGUCUGCAACAGAGGUGGCAGUGGAAUUAAGUUGCAGUGAAACUGUAGGCUGCAGGAACAUUGUAUUAGAAGAUAUCGAUAUAAGAUAUGCAGAUUCUGAUAAGAUAGCUCAGUCGUCGUGUGACGAUGCUCAUGGAACAUCAACAAAUACAUUUCCUGCCGUAGAUUGCUUGAAACCAUAG